GAGGACGUCAUGUUGAGGAAACGAAACCUAAGAUUCAGAGAAACCAAAGUCACACGACGGGAAAGCAGUGCUUUUUCCGGAGGAAAAUAAAACUGAUUUUGGAACAAAUAGUCUGACAGUCAGUAAACACAACGAGGAAUGGCCUCUGCUACUUCCUGGUCUGAAGAGAACUUGUCAUGUCCCAUUUGUCUGGAUGUGUUCAGUAGUCCAGUUACCACACCAUGUGGACACAACUUCUGCAGAACCUGUAUAACAAAUUUCUUGGAUGAACAAUUCCGGUACAAAUGUCCUGUUUGCAAGGAGCUCUUCCACACAAGACCUGAUUUCCGGGUCAAUACCCUCUUAUCAGAGAUGGUUGGUCAGUUUAGAACGUCCGUACGAGUAAAAGAAAAGCCUUGUGUUGAAUCAGUAGAAAUUCCCUGUGACGUCUGUACUGGGUCACAGCUGAAGGCCGUGAAGUCCUGCCUAGAGUGUUUUACCUCUUACUGCCACACCCACCUGGAGCCACAUCAGAGAGUCACAGGCCUGAAGAAACACCAGCUGGUCGAUCCUACGGACCGUCUGGCGGAACGGAUGUGUAAGAAACAUGAACGACUUCUGGAGCUCUUCUGCAGGACUGAACAGGUGUGUGUGUGUCAGUUCUGCACAGAGGGUGACCACAGGUCCCAUCCUGUUGUACCUCUAAAGGAGGAAUAUGAAGUUAAGAUGGCCCAGCUGGGAAACAUAGAGUUUAAAGUUCUACAGAUGAUCCAGGAGAGAAAACUAAAGAUUAAGGAGAUCAGAGACACAGUAAAAUUUAGCAAAAAAGACGCAGACAGAGAGAUAGCUGAUGGUUUGCAGGCCCUCACAGCUCUGAUGCGCUGCUUCGAAAAGUGGAAGGAGGAUUUCAACCAAAUGGUUAAAGAGAAACUGAAAUCCACAGAGAAACAAGCUGAAAACCUUGUCAAAGAGCUGGAGCAGGAAAUCGAGGAUCUGACCAAUAGAAGCUCAGCGGUGAAGCCGUUCUCACACACUAAAGACCACCUCAACUUCCUCCAGGCCUUCAGAUCCCUGAAGGAUCCUCCACCCACCAGGGACUGGACGACGGUGGAUGUCCGUCCUCCGUCAUACGUAGGGACCUUGAGGAGAUCCCUGGAUCAGCUGGAGGAGACACUGAACAUGGAGAUGAAGAAGCUGCGUGAUGCUGCUGAACUAAAGAGGGUCCAGCAGUAUGAAGUAGAUGUGACUCUGGAUCCUGAUACAGCUCAUCCCCUGCUCACCCUGUCCGAGGAUUGGAAACAAGUACAUGAUGGAGGUGUAGUGAAGACACUCACAGACAACCCUAAAAGAUUUACCAAUUAUCAACUUGUUCUCUCGAGGCAGAGCUUCUCCUCAGGGAGAUUUUACUUUGAGGUCCAUGUUAAAGAUAAGACUGCAUGGCGUUUAGGAGUGGCCAGAGAGUCCAUCAACAGAAAAGGAAAAUUGCCAUUCACCCCUAAGAAUGGGUACUGGGUGAUAUUAUUCAACAAGGAUAAGUUAGUAUUUAAUGAUGACCCUGCUGUCCCACUCCCGCCUAGAGCUGAGCUCCAGAAGGUGGGGGUGUUUGUUGAUUAUGAUGAGGGUCUGGUCUCCUUCUUUGAUGUGGAAGCCAGGGUUCAUAUCCACUCUGCUACUGGCUGCACCUUUAGUGAGCCUCUCUAUCCAGUCCUCUGUCUACAUUCAAAUUUAUUUUUUGGUAGAAGCUCUGCUCCCCUGAUUAUCUCACCGGUCAAUCAAACAGACUAAGACACUGUUUGAUAUUAAAUCAAAAAUCAUAACAACAAAUGAUAUUUCCUGCAUAACAAUCUGUGCUAUGUUAGAUCUGAGAGAACAGCAUUAACUUGCAUUUGCUUUUUUCAUUUUUUACCAAAAUAACCCUGAUUAUUAUAAAUAUAGUCCAUGUAAAUUAUUAUAUUCCACUAUAUUCUUCAAUGUGUGUUUUCUCCCUUUUUUUUUCUAUAAUAUUGUAAAUGGUCAUUUAGAACAACAUUGGAGGAUAACGUUUUAAACAUAAUAAUAUUUACAUUAUUGUCCUUUGUACUAAAGGCCUUCCAUUAGUUUAUAUUUCGGAAUUAUGAAUAAAUAGCCAAUUAAAUCAGUUGCAGCGCUUACGCCUGCUUUUUACUACUUUUAAGUACUAUUUAUUACUACUAAGGCAUUAUUUGUAACUUUCAUUACAAUGGGAGGCCAGGGUGGUGAGCGGCCUAAAAAGAAAGUGUGUGGGGGGGAAUCACAGACAGGGUCAGCCGAGCUCCGCUGUGGCUGCAAUGCACAUGGACUGCAUAUAAUUUAUUAUGAAAAAAUAUAUAACUAUACAGUUUAUCUGAUUAUUUUCAAGAUCCCGACAAAGGGAUUGGAGCCGGGGACUCUUGCCAUAUUUCUGUGGAUCAAUGUUUAAUUCUUCUCCCAGCAAGGAGGGCCAUUCUGCACUCAGGGGGCCCUCGGAUUGUGCCCAUCUUGUAGAUCCAGGUUCAUUUGGUUUGAGCGGAGAAAAUCAUAUUAUUAUUAUGAGAUCUCAGAGAACUGUAUUUAUAUCAUACUAUUCACGGACCUUUGACGGGGACAUUUUCCUUAAGCAACUAACCCAAGCAAACAUGAAAUGUAACCCAUUAUAAAUUAUUAAAAUACACUAUGUUGUUCAAUGUCUGUCAUCUCCUGGAUGUUUUGACAUGUAUUUAAUGAUGUAAUAUGGUGGAAGGUUGCAGUCAAAUAAAAAGCUUAAAAAAAUAAAUAUGUAAUUUACUUUAUAUAAAAAAAAAUCA